GUGAUAUAUAAACUGGAAAUACAAGAUAAACGGGACUCCGAGUUUAUUGUAAGACGAUGGGAAACGAGGAAUAUGCCUGGAUUCAUAUUGUCGCUCUGCUGUGUCUUUGUGGGCGGUCUGCCUCGCAAUUAUCUUACUCCAUUUCCGAGGAAGUGAACAAAGGCACCGUGGUGGGAAAUAUUGCAAAGGAUUUAAACCUCAAUGUACAGGAUCUAGAAACCAGGGAUCUACGUAUUGUUUCGAGUUACAGUAAGAAAUAUUUUGACGUGAAUUUACGGACCGGGAACCUUGUUGUUGACGAGAGGAUAAACAGAGAGGAGCUUUGUCCGCACACGGCACAAUGCUCCCUGAGAAUACAGGCUGUUUUAAACAAUCCAAUGAAUGUUCAUCGCAUUGAAAUCAAUAUUUUAGACGUAAAUGAUAACUCACCGGAAUUCAUUGAACAAAUGCAUUCGUUGAACAUCUCUGAAUCAAUGUCACCGGGAGAGCGAUAUCUUUUACCAUUAGCAAUAGACGCAGACAUAGGCAGCAACACAGUGAAGAGCUACAAACUGAGUCAAAAUGAAUAUUUCUCUCUUGAUGUGCAGAGCGCUGGAGAAGACGGUGUGUCAGCCGAGUUAGUGCUGCAGAAAGCUUUAGACAGAGAAAAACAGCCUAUAAUUAAUCUUCUCCUCACCGCUGUAGAUGGAGGGAAACCUACAAGAUCGGGUACACUGCAUAUAAAUGUCAACGUAAUCGAUGCGAAUGAUAACACACCAAUUUUUAGUAAAUCACUUUAUAAAGUAAGUGUACGUGAAAACACUGCACGGGGCACAGUGGUAAUGAGGUUAAAUGCAACGGAUUUGGAUGAGGGCAUGAACAGUAAGAUACUGUAUUCGUUCAUCAAACGGGGAAAUAUUGAUCCAUCAAAUAUCUUUGAUUUAAAUUCGGAAACAGGAGAAAUCACUUUGAAGGGAACACUAAAUUAUGAAGAAACUCCUAAUUAUGAAGUCAGAGUUCAAGCAAAAGAUCAAGGCACUUCUCCUCGUAGCGCUCAUGCUAAACUGCUGAUAGAAAUAAUUGAUGUGAAUGACAAUGCACCAGAGAUAUCUGUGACGUCACUCAUGACCCCAGUAAAAGAAGAUGCAGAAAUGGGCACAAUAGUUGCUUUGGUGACAGUGAGUGAUAAAGAUGGAGGAAACAAUGGUGUGACUUACUGUAAGGUAGUGGGAUCUGUUCCUUUUAAGUUGAAAUCCAACUACAAAAAUGACUUUUCAUUAGUAGUAGAUGGACCACUGGACAGAGAAAACAUUUCUCUUUACAAUGUUACAAUAACAGCAACAGAUGAGGGAAGUCCACCUCUGUCCAGUAUCAGGGUCAUUACUGUUCAUGUGUCUGACGUCAAUGAUAAUGCACCUCGAUUUAUGGAGCCUGUGAUUAAUGUUUAUGUGAAAGAAAAUAGUGCAGUAGGCUCUGUUAUUCAUACAAUAAGUGCCUUUGAUCCUGAUUUGGACAGAAAUUCAAAACUGACUUACAAGUUGUUAGAUAGUUCUCCCAAAAAUAUUCCUAUUUCAUCUGUUUUAAACAUCAACUCAGAGACAGGAGAUAUAGUCAGCCUGCAGUCUUUUAACUAUGAGGAGUUAAACACAUUUCAGUUUAAAGUUCAGGCCACAGACUCUGGUGUUCCUCCUCUCAGCAGCAACGUGACUGUGAACAUUUUAAUUCUGGAUGAAAAUGACAAUAAUCCAACAAUUCUCGCGCCCUAUUCUGAGCACGGCUCUGUUAACAGUGAGAGCAUCCCCUAUUCUGCUGAGGCGGGAUACUUUGUGGCAAAGAUCAGGGCUGUAGACGCAGACUCUGGAUACAAUGCGCUGCUUUCUUAUCACCUCUCUGAUCCCAAAGGAAAAAACCUCUUUCGGAUUGGAACCAGCACCGGAGAAAUCAGGACUAAGAGGAGAAUGAGUGACAAUGACCUGAUAACUCACCCCUUGGUGGUUUUGGUUUCUGAUAAUGGAGAACCCUCCCUGUCAGCUACUGUGUCUAUUGAUGUGGUGGUGGUUGAAAGCACAUCUGACAUCCAGACUCAGUUCAGACAUGUGCCCAUAAAGGAAGAGAGCUUCUCUGAUUUGAACUUGUAUCUGUUGAUCGCCAUUGUGUCGGUGUCAGUGAUUUUCCUGCUGAGCCUCAUCAGUUUAAUAGCUGUCAAAUGCCACAGGACAGAUGGCAGUUUCAGCAGGUACAGCGCCCCAAUGAUCACCACCCACCCUGACGGGAGCUGGUCUUACUCUAAGUCUACUCAGCAGUACGACGUGUGUUUCAGCUCAGACACAAUGAAGAGUGACGUAGUGGUUUUCCCCGGACCGUUUCCGCCUGUAGAUGGUGAACUGAUCAGUAUUAACGGAGGAGACACUUUUACCACAACUCAGACUUUACCCAACAAAGACAAGGUACGUGUUCUUCAGCAUGGAAGUGCUUUCAGUCUCCAUUAG